CGUGACGGCGCGCGGCCAACGGGAGCCGCGCUUGUUGCGCGUGCGGGGCUACGGGGAUUGCAAUAGCGGCCUCGCUGGCUGCUGCUGCUGCUACCCGCGGGCCGCUCCGUGCCUACGCACAGGAGGCUGCUUGGUGGUGCUGCUGCUGCUGCUGCGUGUAAGCGGCACAGCCGCCUCAACUGCUACUGGCACCGGUGCGGGCCCUGUUGGGCGAGGAGGAGAGGGAGGAGGUGGUGGUGGAGGAGGCGGCGCUGCCGCCACCACCGCCGCCGCCGAGAUGAUGGCUCACAGCGCCGUGCGUUCGCGGUUCCCCGCGAGGCCCUGGCGCAGGCACGGGCGCCCGCGCUCGCGGCACCGCGGCCCGGCGGGGGUGAGCGACGCCGUCGGGCAGCAACAACAACAACAGCAGCAACAACAGCAGCAGCAGCUGGUGCAGCAGCAACAGCAGCAGCCACCUCGUAGGCGGCCCGAGGGCCCGGCCGAGGCGAUGGAGCGAGCUCUGCGCGCGUUCAGCGCCUCGUUCGGCUCCAGCAGCGGCGAGGAGGAGGACUUCCAAGGUUUUCCCAAAAACGACGCAAGCAAGAGCAGCGCUCGCCGCCUGCCCAGCCCCACACCGUCGCCGGGGCGCCCACGAGGCCGCCCCCCGCGUAGCGGCUCCGACGAGCGCUCCCCGGAAUCCCGCCGCCGCAGGGCGACCUCCUCGGCUCCAUCCAACGCCACCGGCCCGGCCCUGGCAUCGCCCUGGCUUCACCUCGACCUCAACCCCGUGGUCGACCUCUCACCCGUGGGGCGCAAGCACGGCCGUGGGAAGCCACGCUCUGAGAGCCGCCGCUUGCGUGAGUCGGCGUCGCCGCCCGUGCCGCCCCGACCGCCGAUGUCUUCUUCAUCUCCGGCGCCGGAGCCACAACGGCCGCGGGAGUUGGUGCUGGAGGUGGAGGCUGAGGAGGAGGGGGAGGAGGGUGCGGAGGAAGGGGCAGAGGAGGCGGGGGAGGAGGAGGAGGUGGAGGAGAUGGAGGAGGCCGAGGGUCGGCGCUUGUCCAAGCGGCGCGAACGCGAACGGCGCAAACGGAAGAAGCGGUCGGCGGCGGAGAAGAGGGCAGAGAAAUCACGCGGGAAGCGGAAACGGAAGAAAAAGAAGCAGCAGCAAAAGAAGCAAGAGAAGCAGCAGCAGCAGCAACAGGACGAGGAGGAGCGCAAGCGGGAGGCAGAAGCAGAGCAGCAGCCGUCGCUGGAGAAACGAACAUCGGUGGAAAACAACAGCGGCAUCGCUGCUGAGGACGUGGCCAUGUCGGACGAUUCCAUCGCCGGCAGCUCCCGGGCGCAGGCCGAGGUCCCGCUGGCGCCCGUAGCAGCGGCGUCUGUACUGGAAGUCCCGGUAAGAGACGCUAGCGAGGACGGUGCCAGGGCGUCCCGGCCACGCGGUCGCCCGCCCUCGACGAGCCGGGAAAGCGAUGGCGCCCUGGCCAAGCGCAAGCAGCGCGUUGAUGCCAGCCUUGCGCGCCAGCUGCUGCAACGAGCCAAGAAGCGUGGGCGCGGGGGAAUGGGAAGCGCCGUUGUCGUCAAGCCGGGCAGCGGAGGCCGGAGGACAGCGGUGGCGUCGGCAGCGGUGGCUGUGGGAGGAGGACGCCGGGCGGGACGACCCCUGCCCGUCGGAGUGAGGCCAAGCGCAAGCUUGGGCCGGGGCGGGCGGAGGGAGAGGUCGCGCGUGGGCCGGCGCUUUGUGAUGCCGGCCGUAAGCUCACGCUCCUCCCGCGUGAUCCGCACGCCCAAGAGGUUCAUCCAGGACGAGGGGUUUGACGCGGCUGUAGCGGCGGCGGUGGCGGCGCCGUCUCCGUCUUUGUCGGCGCAGGCGUCUAUGGCGCACCAUCACCACCACCACCAUAACCACAAUCAUCACCAGCAGCAGCCGCAGCAGCACAGGCAUGCGCAGGGCGGCCCCGGCAUUGGCAGCCGUGGGCGCCAACGCGGAUCGGUGACCUCGACCACGUCUUCCUCGCCCUCGUCGGAGUCGUGUGACUCUGACAGCCAGUCGGGCGAGGAGGAGGAGGAGGAAGAGGAAGAAGAAGAAGAUGAGGAGGAGGAUGAGGAGGAAGAGGAAGAAGAGGAGGAAGAGAUUGAGGAGGAGGAAGACGAUGAAGAAGAGGAGGAAGAGGAGGAAGAGGAGUCCCAGAAUUCCUCGGGCUCGGCUUCACGGUCCGACAGCCCUGGGGUGUCGUCCGAAGGCUCCGACUCGGAGCGCCGGCUCGGAGAGCUCGGCACUGCCGAGCGUGCCGCGCCGCCCAUGAUGCUCAACGGCGAGCGCCGGCUGGGCUCGUUGGGGCAGACUUUGACCCACGCGCUGGGUCCCACGGGCGCACCGCCGACGGCGGCGGCGCCCCAGCUACUCACGACGUGGGUUUACCCGCACGCUCACCCCCACCCGCACACCCUGCCCAUGCUUGUCCCGCCACCCGCUCGCGCUGCAUGUGCCGCGGCUGGCGCCGGCGCCACCGCGGGCACCGCCCGCCGCUCUAUCCUGCGCGAGCCGACGUUCCGCUGGGGUCCGGUGACACCGCCGGGCUCGGCGUCCGCGCCGGCGGGCGUGCCGGACGGACGCCAGCAGCCGUCGUUCUCCUCUGCCAAGUACGCCAAGGCCGGCCUCAUCCGCCAGCCCGUCUUUGACAACAUCCGCCUGCCGCCGCUCACGCCGGAGGAGGUCGGGCUGGCGCCGCCGCGGCCCGGCCUGGCCGCCAAGUCGGCCUCGUCAGCGUCGUCGACGGCGGCGGCGGCGGCAGCGGCGUCGGCGGGCGCCCGCCCCGGCCGCUUCGCGUGCUCGCCAGCCGUGGCGUGCGGCCCUGGACCGGCUCUGCUGGCGCCGGUGUCGUCCCAGCCGCCCCCGUUCGCCCCCGUCGUCGCAGGGCUCUCGUCGCCGUCGUCAGCCUCCUCGUCGACCUCCUCGUCGGCGUCAUCGGCGGCGGCUGCCACGGUAGUGCCGGCUACGUCGGUGGCGCCGGGGCGACCAUUCCCGCCGUCGGGGGUCGCCGCCGCCAACCUGCCCGCCGCAUGCAGGUUUCCCGCUCAGCGCCAGUUCGCGGUGCGUCCGAGGUUCGACACCGGCGCCACGACGGCGGCGGUGGCGGUGCAGCCAGCGUCCCCGGCAAGCGCCGGGCGGCGACCGCUGCUGCGCGCCCCCACGUUCACGCCCACAGAAGCUCACCUUCGCAUCUACGAGUCGCUGUCGGCCGCCUGUGCGCCCCAGCGCCCGUCUGGCGAGCCAGCCCGGCCGCCGUGCCUCCAGCACGGCUCCCCGGCUGCCUCCGCCGCCGUCGCCAGCGCCAGGCGCAAGCGGCCGUUUUCCAGUGGACGCGGCGGGCGCGGCGGUUCCAGGUCCCCGUCGUUGUCGCGGGUCCCCACGCACGGCAUGAGAACGCGCAGCAGCCGAGCGGCGGCCCUCGCCGGCGCCCCGUCUCCUUCCUCCUCACCGGCUUCGACUCCCGGGGGCACCGGCGGAUUGCUGGCGCCGCAGUCGCUGUUCCGGCCCGACAGACGCCAGCGGCAGCAGUGGGGGAACGACGGCGGCGGAGCCGGCGAUGCCCUAGCAGCGGUGCCGUGUGGCUCUGGGUUCGACGGCGCCCCUCAGCCGGACGGGGCGGCCGUGGCAAGCGCUGGCGGCGACUCGGCCGCGGUUGGGGGGCUCCUGGCUCGCAUCGGCCGCGUGCCGGCAUUUGGCGACCUCCUGCCCCCAGCCGAACGGCACAAGCGUCUGCAAAGGCGCCAGCGUGAUGGCGAGGAAGUGCAAGAAGAGCAAGAAGAGCAAGAAGAAGAAGAGGAGGAGGAGGAGGAGGAUGGUGGCAGCAGCACAGCGAGGAAGCGUAAGAAAAAAAUGAAGAGGAAAGGCAAAACAAUGUUGAUGAUGAUGCGGCGGAGGAGGCAGAGGGGCGCCGGUUCUGAGAGCGAGUCGCAGGACCCCGAUGCCGCCGCGUCAACGCAAAAGCUCCUGGUGUCCCCGGAGGCGACCACCGAGGAGGCGGAGGCCGUGAAGACGCGCGCCUCCGCCAAGCGCCAGCAAGAGAGGGCGGCCGGCGCCGGCGGGCAGAGGCAGCAGCAGCAGCAGCGGCAGCAAGGGCAGCGGCGCGCGGAGCGGUCGGAGGACGAUAACGACGGCUGCGACGACGGUGACCACGGCGAGCCGGGGAAGGGGGAAGAGGACGGCGCGGGACAGAGGGAGCGGCCGCCGAGGCAGACGGCUGACCGCAAGCUGCGCACGCUGCUGCAGAAGGCGCGGGCUCAGCUCCAUCGCAUCGAGAGGGGCAAGGCUCGACGGGCGCAGGUGACAGGAGCUGAAACUCCUGCCGCGACAGCAGCCGGCGCGUGGAACCACCGCGAGAGGCCGUCCCGCAAGCGGAAGCGGCACGCCCCGCCAGAGAGCGGGCCGUCAACGGCGCGGGAGCACAGCGACAACUCGUCGGAGGGCCCCGCCGAGCCGGGUGGAGCUCGGGGCCCGCGCAUCAAGCACGUGUGUCGCGGGGCCGCCGUAGCCCUGGGCCUCCCGCGCGCUCUGUUCCUGAGCUCUCACCCGACCAACGGCUCAGCCGGCGCCGCCGGGUCCACCACCAACGCUGGCCUCCCACCUGCACCGGUGGCCGAGGGCAGGCGCAGCGGCGGCGCUGACGCUGGGAAGGCUUCGGACGGUGUUGGCGGCGGUGCCGCCACCGCCGGCUCCGCCUCCGCGGACGAGGGGCCGGCGGCAUCGAGAGAGGGCGGCGCCCUGACCCCGCGCGUGACCCUCACGCCGUGCGACUCGGUGCACCGUGGCAGUGCACCGCUCUCCUGUGCCGCGGCAUCCGAAUCGCUCUCCUCAAGGGUGGCCGAGUCCACAGCCAACGAGGCUGCUCAGCAGCCGGCGUCGUCCGCGUCCCCUCACGGCCCGGCCCCUCCCAGCGCCGCCGCCACCGCCGUCGCCGCGCCCCCAGCUCUGGUUUCCAUGCCGGCGGCAGCGGGGGCGGCAUCGGCGGCAUCGGCGGCGGCUCAGCCCGCGGCAGCCCCCCCGGCGCCAGGGCCGUCCGGAGGCGGCGGCGGUCGGCGCACGGCGAUGAGGAGGCUGCGCCGUUCGCGCCGAUGCGGGGAGUGCGACGGCUGCCGGGUGGAGGCCGACUGCGGCGAGUGUGCCAACUGCCUGGACAAGCCCAAGUUUGGAGGUCGCAACAUCAAGAAGCAGUGCUGCAAGAUGCGAAAGUGUCAGAACCUACAGUAUUACACACAGCCGGACAGCACACCAAAGCAGGUGAAAAAGACAGACAGGGGUAAAGCGGGAAGGAAAGAAGAUGCUCAGGUUGAGGCGGAAGCCCCGGGGGGAGCCAGGGACUCGCCUAGUGAGGGCGACCCAGGCUGGAGGAGGGCGGGCAGGCAGGGGCCGCUAGCUCAGUCCCAGGCUCCGCAGGCUCAGCAGGCCUCGCAAGUUGCUAGGCCGCGCGAUGCUGGCAAGCCCUUGGGAGUCGUGCUUGGAGAAAAAUCUACCAAACGGGGAACCCAGUUGCGCACAAAGAAGUCUAAAGAGAAGGAGAAGGGCAGGGAGGUGAACAAGCCGGAGGUUGUCGUGGCGACGGUUUUGAGCAACGGUGGCAACGGGAAACCUCGCGCCAUCCCCGAUGGCGUGCACCGCAUCCGCGUCGACUUUAAGGAGGACUGCGACAUCGACAACGUGUGGAGGAUGGGCGGCCUCUCCCUCCUCACCUCCGGGGUGAUCGCACCGCGAGUCAUCUGCUUCCUGUGCGCCAGCAGUGGCAUUCACGAGCUGGUGUACUGCCGCGUGUGCUGCGAGGCGUUCCACUCGUUCUGCCUGGGAGAGGGCGAGCGCCCGCUGGAGGGAGAGAUGGAGAACUGGGUGUGCCGGCGCUGCAAGUUCUGCCACGUCUGCGGCCGUCAGAACCGGCUUCUUCAGUGCGACAAAUGCCACAACACCUACCACUCGGAGUGUCUCGGACCGAACUACCCCAGCAAACCGACGAAUCGCAAGCGCGUUUGGGUGUGCACCAAGUGCGUGAAAUGCAAGAGCUGCGGCGCCACAACGCCCGGCAAGGGCUGGGACGCGCAGUGGUCGCACGACUUCUCGCUUUGCCACGACUGCGGGAAGCUUUUCGACAAAGGGAACUUCUGCCCCGUGUGCAACCGAUGUUACGACGACGACGACUACGAGAGCAAGAUGAUGCAGUGCGGGAAGUGCGAGCGCUGGGUGCACGCCAAGUGCGAGAGCCUCUCCGACGAGAUGUACGAGAUCCUGUCGAGCCUGCCCGAGAGCGUGGUGUACACGUGCGUGCGCUGCACCGAGUCCCGACCGGCCGAGUGGAGCGUGGCGCUCGCCGCCGAGCUGCAGGCCGGCCUGCAGCUGGUUGCGAGCGCCCUCGCGGCCUCGCGCGUUUCCGCCAGCCUACACCGGCACCGGCAGUCAAGCAAAGCGGCCAGCGAGGCUCAAUCGGGCACCCCAGCUGGUGCUGCGGACAGCCCUGUCGCCACGGAUACGGAGCGGCAGGACCUGCCCACAGACCUGGAGGGGGUGAAGCGGAAGCUGGAGCGUGGGGCCUACAACAGCUUGACGGGGUUUUGCGACGACGUGACGAGGGUGCUCCAGUGCGACGCCGACGUCACGCAGCCGGAGGUCAAGCGAGCGGCCGCGACUCUCAAAGGGCUCUUCACCAGGCAAAUGGAGAAAGUCUUCCCGUGGUUUGACAUCCGAGGAUCAAGGUUCUGGGACCAGAAUCGCACCCAGGAUAUUGGGCUGUUGCCCAACGCCGUCCUGCCCCCCUCCGCGGACCACGAUUACGCGCAGUGGCGUGAGCGCGAAGGGGAGGGGGCCGCGCUGGCCGCGGGCGGCGCCCCCCACAGUCAGCCUCCGCUCCUCAAGAAGAUCGUCCCGGCGCCGCGUCGCAAGGCCUCCACCGACGCUCAGGACGACAGCGCUGCAGCCGACGGUGGCGGCGACAGCGCCAUGGAGGUGGACGUCCCGGUGGACAAGGAGGACAACCGCCAGUGCAUGUUGUGUCUCAGCUACGGCGACCAGAGCUCGAACGAGGCGGGGAGGCUGCUCGGAAUCGGGCAGGACGAGUGGACGCACUCCAACUGCGCCGUGUGGUCGGCCGAGGUGUUCGAAGACGACGACGGAUCGCUCAAGAACGUCCACGCCGCCGUGUGGCGGGGCAAGCAGCUGCGGUGCGAGCACUGCGGGCGCAUGGGCGCCACCGUAGGCUGCUGUCUGCCCGCGUGCCAGGCCAACUUCCACUUCAUGUGCGCCCGCGCCCGCAGCUGCGUCUUCCAGGACGACAAGAAGCUCUAUUGCCAGCGGCACAAGGACCUCAUCCGAGGGGAGGUUGUGGCGGAGGAUGGGUUUGAGGUCCUGCGUCGCGUCUUUGUCGACUUCGAGGGGAUAGGCCUGCGUCGGAAGUUCCUCUCCGGCCUGGAGCCCGACAAGAUCCAGAUGAUGAUCGGUUCUCUGACCAUCGAGUGCCUGGGCGUCCUCAAUGACCUGUCGCUCUACGAAGGGAAGCUCUUCCCCAUUGGAUACCAGUGCACGCGUGUCUACUGGAGCACGGCGGACGCGCGCCGCCUUUGCGUCUACACCUGCAAGGUGCUCGAGUUCCGUCCGGAGAGCACGACCACGGACGUAAACAGCACGCUCAUCCACGGGGAGAACCAGACCAUCACGCACAGCCCGCCACCUCCCACCGCCGCCGGAGGCUUGGACGUGGUGAUGACGGUGCAGUGCUCGGUGGCACCCAUGGCGCGCCCGUGCCCAGCGCCCCGCCCCAGCGUGCCCACCAGCUUCUCCCCGACGCGACGACCUCUGCCCUCACCGGGCGGCUCUCCCAGCAGGAACUCGCACAUCCUGGCGAUCAGCGACGGCGUCGUAUCGCCCACGCGGCGCAACGUUGCGGUACGUCGUCCCGCUCCGCUCCCCUCGCCAGGGCACCACCACCUCCUGCUGCACGCCCAGCACGGCAAGCUGCAGCAGAGGCAGCAGCAGCAACAGCAGCAGCAGCAAGAACGACUGCAGGACAAGUCACAGCUUGACAAACAGCUGCUAGAAAAGCAGCAGCAGCAGAGGGUGCAGCAAGAGAAACAGCAGGAGAGGCAGCAGCAGCAGCCAGAGAAACAACACAAACAACAGCAGCAGCAGGAGGGACUGUCAUUAGAUAAACAGCAGAGACAGCAACAAGUCAAACAACCAGAAAAACAAACGCAAAAGCAACAGCAGCAGGUCAAACAGCAGGACCGCCAGCAGCCAGAUAAGCAACAGCAAAGGCAAGACAAACAGCAGGCGGAAAAGCAACAGCAAAGGCAACAGCCGGAGAAGGAACAGCAAAAACAGCAGCCUGAAAAGCAGCCAAAGCAGCAGAUGGAGAAGUUGCAGCAGAAACAGCAGGACAAGCAGCAGCAGUUGGAAAGGCAACAGCAGAAGCAACAAGAGAGACACCAACCGGAGAGGCAACAGCAAAAACAACAGCUCGAAAAGCAAUCGCAGAAACUGCAGGACAAGCAGCAGUUGGAAAAGCAGACACAGCAGCAGAAACAGCAGCUGGAAAAGACACAAAAGCCACCACAAGAGAGGCAGCAGCAGCAAGAAAAACUGAAAGAGCAGCAGCUUGAGAAGCAGCCACUAAAACAGCAGGACAGACAGCACGCGGAAAGGCUACAGAAGCAACGUCAGGAGAAGCAGCAAAGGCAACCACAACUGCAGCAACAGCACAAGCAUCAUGAGAAACCGUCUCAGUCAAAACAGCCAGCAGAGAAACAGUUGAAACAACAGCCAUCAGAGAAACAGUCGAAACAACAGCCAGCAGAGAAACAGUUGAAACAACAGCCUUCAGAGAAACAGUCGAAACAACAGCCUUCAGAGAAACAGCCGAAACAACAGUCAUCAGAGAAACAGCCAAAACAACAGUCAUCAGAGAAGCAGUUGAAACAACAGCCAUCAGAGAAACAGUCGAAACAACAGCCAUCAGAGAAGCAGUUGAAACAACAGCCAGUAGAGAAGGGUCAGAAACAACAGCCAGCAGAGAAACAGCCGAAACAACAGCCAUUAGAGAAACAGCCGAAACAACAGCCAUCAGAGAAACAGGCAAAACAACAGUCAUCAGAGAAACAGCCAAAACAACAGCCAUCAGAUAAACAGUUGAAACAACAGCCUGCAGAGAAACAGUCUAAACAACAACCGGAAGAGAAACAUCCGAAACAACAGUCAUCAGAGAAACAGCCAAAACAAUCGCCAUCAGAGAAACAGCCGAAACAACAGCCAUCAGAGAAGCAGCCGAAACAACAGCCAUCAGAGAAACAGCCGAAACAACAGCCAUCGGAGAAACCGUCUAAACAACAUCUGGUAGAGAAAAGUCAGAAACAACAGUCAUCGGAGAAAGCGUCUAAACAACAGCCGGCAGAGAAACAAUCAAAACAACAGCCGGCAGAGAAAACUCCGAAACAACAGCUGGCAGAGAAACCGUCUAAACAACAGCUGGCAGAGAAAAGUCAGAAACAACUGUCAACAGAGAAACUUUCUAAACAGCAGCCGGCAGAGAAACAGUCUAAACAACAGCCGGCAGAGAAAACUCAGAAACAACAGCUGGCAGAGAAACUGUCUAAACAACAGCUGGCCGAGAAAAGUCAAAAACAACUGUCUACAGAGAAACCGUCUAAACAGCAGCCGGCAGAGAAAAGUCAGAAACAGCUGUCUACAGAGAAACUGUCUAAACAGCAGCUGACAGAGAGAAGUCAGAAAACACAGACAUCAGACAAAAGUCAGAAACAACAGCCGCCAGAGAACCCGCUGAAACAACAGCAUUUAGAGAAGCAGUUAAAACAACAACAACAGCAGCAGGCAGAGAAAAGUCUGAAGCAGCCAACAGAGAAGCAGCUUAAACAUCCAGAAAGACAGCAAGAGAAGCAUCACCAACAGAAACAGCAGUCCCAGCAGAAACAGCCACAGCAGAAGCAUGAUCGGCCACACGAGAAGGAGCAUCAGAAACAACAACAGCAGCAGCAGCACGAGAAACAGCACGAGUUGUCACCACAAAAGCAACAGCAAGACAAGCCACGUGAGUUACAGCAGAAUCAGCAGCAGCAGCCGCCACAGAAACAGCAAGAGCAGCACGUGGAAAAGCAGCAGCAACAGCAGGUUCAGCAGCUGAAACCACAGCACAAGCAGCAGUCUUUGACUAAACUACCAGACAAGCAUCAGCAAGCCCCUUUUCCACAAAAGCAGCUCCAACAUAGCCUACAAGAGAAACAGUCGGACAAGCAGCACAGGCAGCAUCAGCUCACCCAACAGAAGCAGCUUCCCAGGCAGGAGAAGCCACAGCAGCAGCAGCAGCCGCAGCAGAGACAGCAAAAACAGCAGCCGGGCCAGCCUGAAAAACCCCAUCAGCAAAGGACGCAACAGCCUACGCAAAAACAGGCGCACGGCAGCCAAGACAGCCAGCAGGAGAAACGACAGCAACACGCGCAACUGAGGCAGCAGCAGCAGCAACAGAAAGCGGACGUCAGGACGCCCGCCCCCAAAGCGACACCACACCCCCGCCCCUCCCUCAGCGUUUCCGCCCCGACUUUGACCACCACGGCGCCCGCGGCGGCGGCGUCUCUGCCGGCAAGCGGGCCCGGUGCCAGGAUCCGGCAGCCGGCGCCGCCGCGGGGCAGGCAGCUCCUGCCGCCGGCGCCGCCGCCGCCGAUCGGGCAGAGAAUGGGGGCAAAACCUCCGUCGGCCUCCCCGUCGCCGGAUGCCCGCCCGCAGGAUAGACGCUCCGUCUCCAAGCCUGGUGGCGCCGCUCUUCAAGCCGGGGCGGCGCGGCGCACGUCGCCGGCCUCGUCCAGCGUUGCGUCGGUUUGCUUGUCGUCAUCGUCGUCGUCAUCCGAUGACGACGACGAUAAGAAGAAGGGAGGGAGGGCGAAGAAACAAAGGAAAAUGACGGCCGCGGAGGAGGCCAUUUUGGCAAUGCCCCUUAUGGCCAUCCCUCCGCGCCCGCUGGCUUUGGGUCAACAAGGUCGGCAGAGCACGGUCAAACAGCCCCCUCCGCUCAGCACCACCCCAGCAACGGCUCCGGCAAAAGAGACUCCUGGCAAGCCGCCCAGAGGUGUCCAAACACCGUCCGUUCUGCCAAAAGGGUCAGCGGAUCCCAGACACGGCGCGGCCGUCCUUGCUGCGCCGGCCAGCCUUGUCCCGGCGCCGGCAGCGGAUGACGGCGAUGAGGCGAAGAGGUCGAAGGAGGAGGCCCGCAGGGAGGUCGCUUUGGCGGCGACGGCGGUGAGGGUCGGGGGCGGCGCCACCGCUGACGAUUUGUGCCACGAGGGCGACGGUGGAAAGGGACGUUCAAGCGAGGCGUUCGCGCCUGCAACGUCGGCCCCGUCGACCCCGUCGGCCCCCUCGGCCCCGUCGGCGCCAUUGUCAAAGCGGGACAAGAAAAAGAAGAAGAAAGACAGCGGCAAGAAAAAGACGAAGGACAAGGAUCGGUCAAGGGAGAGGCGGAGGAGAAAGUCGGCCGAACGGCGGUCGCGCAGCGAAAGUGCUGGCAAAGCGGCGUAUGCCGCCGACGGAGAGGACGAUGGCGACAAGAAGCAGGGGCCCAAGUCGCUCCCGAGCGACGAUGCCGGCAGCGGCGUCGGUUCCGGCAUCGGUUCUGGCAGCGGUGACGUCAGGGCGCCGGGAGGAGAGCCGGCGUCGAGCGUCCCGUGCGACCGGAGGGAUGAAGCGCAGCCAAAAGGAACCAAGGUGUCCGUGGAGGCCUCGACUUCGACACCGGCGGGCGGACCGACGAGGGAGAAGUCGUCGGAACGCCGAUCCGACGGUGCAGACAGCGUUAGGAAGCCCCCGCCCGCGGCAGCGGAGAUGCAACCGCCCUCUGUCAUGGCGGCGGCGGCGUCGGCGGACGGCGCGCUCGGCGGUGACGGCGAAACCCAGAGAGGCGGCGGUGAGAGGAGGUCGCAGAGCAAGGCGCGCAGCGGCGGCGAUGGCGCCGGCGGUGGCGCCGGCGGUGGCGCCUGUGUUUCCGGCGUUUCUGGAUCGGGCAGCAAGAAGGAGCGGGCGAAGAUCUCGAGCGACGGUGCCACGUCGGAUGUCGCGCCAAGCGCAGACACUAGCCGGUCGGCUUCCCCGGCAAAGACGGGCGCAAAGUCAGGAGGGGAGGAUUCGGAACCGGCUCGGCCGCCGAUGCAGCUGCUGGCGCGGCCGCCGGCGCAGCCACCGGCACAACAGAAGGAGCCGCUGGAGUGUCCGCUGUGCGGGCAGUCGUACUCCAACAAGUCACAGUCGCGCUUCGAGCGGCACGUGGCGCGGUGCAGGCACCGAGCGAGGAAGUCCAAGAAAGGGAAGGAAGUGAAGAAAUCGCAGACGGCAGAAGCGCCAUCCGCGUCAACCACCACCACCACCACGAGCAGCACCACCACCAGCAGCAGCACCACAGCGAGCGCCGCCAUCACCACCGGCAGCAGCGUCGGUCACAAGGCUGACGGGGAAUCUGAGAAAGACGCGACUGCGGAGGUGGCGCCGGAGCAAGCGCAGGCGCGCGAUACCCGCCCAGAGAGGCAGCCGGAAGAGAUGCAAGGGUGCGAUCGUGACGCAGACCCGCCACACGCACACCACCACCACCACCGCCUUGCGGCAGCCGAGACCAGCCAAGCCGUUGAGGCCGGCGUCACAACGGACCGGAGCGUUCGGUCGCCCGAGCUCCAGGACGCAGUGCAGCCCGAGCAGCCGCACUCGCCGACGGCCAGCGGUGAAGCGAGCGCUGGGCAGCAGCAGCGGCAGCCUCGGCGGCAACAGGAGGAGGAGGAGGAGGAGGAACCGGCGAAGGUGGUGACGCCAUUGCGCCGUCGCUACCCGAAGCGUAGCGCCCGCGCCCGUUCAGCGACGUGCUACGGGCUGACGCCGUUCUACGGCGUGCGCUCCUACGGCGGCGCCGAUGCUGGGGACGCCGGGGACGCCGGCGCCUCGCCCUACGUCUCCCGUGGCAGGAGGGGGGCCGGUGGCAGCAAGGACCCGGCUACGCGCGGGCAGACGGACGGAGCCGACGAUUACGACGACGACGACGACGAUGAUGACGGCGACGAGGACGAUGAUGACGGCGACGGCGGAACCCGUGGCCGCUUUGGAGAGCGCAGCUGCUACUUCAGUUACCCCCGCACGGUGCUCGGGAUGGACGAGGUGGGUGACAACGAGGAGCGAUUAGGAGGAGGGAACUGGUUCGGCGAGGAGGCUUGCGGCGACGAUGACUACCUGCCGCGAAUCGGACAGUUUGACGGGGCUGCCGACGACGACGACGAAGACGACGACGACGACGAUGACGACGACGGCAGCAGCACCAGCUCCAACAGCGACGCUUCGUCGAGAGCGCCGUUUGACGACGACGACAACAACCACGGAUCCGACGCCGCCGCCAGGUCGAGGAGCGGCAGCGACGAUGGCGCCGGUAACGGUGAGGAGGAAGAGGAGGACAACGAGGUCAACGAUGAUGAUGAAGGCGACGAUGACGAUGGUGGCGACGAUGACGACGAUGCCGACGACACGGAGAGCAGCGACGGGGUCGCUGAUCGCAAGCGACGCACACACGCCAACAGUGACGAUGACGACGACGAUAAUGAUGAUGACGACGACGACGAAACCAGCGCUGGCGGCGCCAGGCCCGGCAAGCACCAGGGCCACCGCAUGCUGACCGGCCUCUCGGGCCUCACUCCACCAGGCGUUUCAUUCGCGGGCGACGGUCUCCCUUUGGCGGCGGCACCAGCGCCGGUGGCGGUGGCCACCACCACCACCUCCUCUGCCACCUCCUCGUCAUCGGCAGCGGGGUCGGCGCGGGCCGACGGGGACGCCGGUGCGGACACCUCGCCUCGCGGACCCUCCGACAAGGCCCUUCUGGAGAGCUUCGGCGCUGGCGGCUUUCCCGAGUCGGUCAUCAGUGCCAUCAGCGAUGACUUUGGCAACAUCCUGCCGUCUGACAUCAUGGACUUUGUGCUGCGCAACGACCCCGUGCUGGAUUCCAGCGAGGAAGCAACGGACCUGGUGGCCGGCGUGGUCGCCGGCGUGGUGGCCGGAGCCAGCGCCGGCGGCGGCAGCGGCGCCGGCGCUGGAACGGUAGUGGUGCCGGUCGUCUCAUCCACGCAGGGGCCGGCCGCGGUCGCCGCGGAGCAAGCGGUGGCGCCGCCUCUGGGCACUGUCCUGGAGCCGUCGGAGGAGCUGGUGGCAGCCGUGACGGGCGGGAGAGGGAUGGGCGGCGACGGUGAGGUCGUGGCUGGUGGCGCGGCAGGCGUGGUCGCGGUCGCUGGCGUUACGGGCGUUGGCGGUGCCGGCGCCGGCGUCGGCAGGGAAUCUGACGGCGAGCAGGGCAGCCUCAUGGACAUGCUGUCCCAGCAGCUCGCCGGCGUCCCGGCCGAAGCGUCGGCUGUGAUCGUCGGAGCUGACGGGGCCGCGACCCCUGCAGUGGCGUCGCCGGUGGCUGCGCCGUUUGGUGAACUUCCGGCCGACCUUUGCGUGCUGACUACGCACGGCCCGGCCGGCAGCGCCGGCACCGCCCUCGCGACGGCGGCGGCAGCAACGGCCGGCGGCGGCGAAGGAGUGGCGUACGGUGCUUUGCCGGCAUCGUCCGGCGGUCCCUCGCCGCAGGCGGUCGUGCUCGGCGUCCCUGCGCAGGCGCAAGCGCCCGCCGCGGCCGACGCCGGCAUUUUUGCGGUGCUCGCGGGCGUUCACCCCGCGGCAGGGAGCGAUGAGACACCGACCGUCAUCUCUCCAGGGUGCUGCCCCAGCGCCGGCGCCGUGGCCGCUGUCCCCACCGCUCAGCAGCAGCAGCAGCAGCAGCCGGCCCUGUCAGUAGUUUCAUCAUCGGCAACGCCGGCGUUGCCGUCCGUGGUCGCUCCGGCAGAAUCGCUCAUCCCGCCGGCAGCCCCCGCUGGGGAGGAGCGCGACGGCGCCCAGGGCUCGUUCGCGUCGCCCCUCAUGGGCGCUUCAAUCGCCGUCGCCGGCGGCGCCCAGACGGUGCCGACCGCCGCCGAAUCCCUGUCGGUAGCGCCGCCGCAGGCGUCGGCGCUGUCCUUCGGGCCGCUGAUCGUGGUGGACCAGAAUGGGCAGCCGCUCUACAUCCUGCAGCCGCAGGCGUGCGGUGAAGGGCUCGGCGCCGGUUUCGCGCUGGCGCCUCAGCCGUCCGUGAGCUCGACUUUGCAGCAAGCGCUCCCGUUCGGCGUCGAGAUGGCGUUGACGGCCGGAACGACGCCGGGCUUCUUGCAGCCAACGUCGGUGGCGGGGGUCAGCACGGGAGUGUCCGGCGCCGGCGCCCAAAGCUUCGUGGGCUCCAACUUCGUGCUGACAUCUUCGCCGGUGACGCUCGGCGCUCAGACGCAGAACUUCGUCUUGGGCGCCGGCAUAAGUUCGCUGCUGUCGCAGCAGCAACAGCAGCAGCAGCUGGAGAGAGCCUUCGCCGGGCUCGGCCAGCAGCUGGGCAACGCCGUCACGAGCACGGGUGCCGCGUACCUGACCCCCGGCGCCGUCCAGCCGGUCGGCACGCAGGCGGUGCUCGCGCCCUUCGGCACGCAGCUCUCGCUGCAGGAAGCCGGCAUCGGCAUCAACGCGGCGCUAACGGUUCCUGCGGCGCUCCACCACCACCACCAGCAGCAACAGCAGCAGCAGCACGCGCACGCUGGCGCGCAACUGCCCGCAGUGGCGGCACCACCACAGGCUCGCGUCGGGGCCGGCGCGAGUAAGAGGCCCGCCAGCGGGAAGUCGUCGGGCGCCGCGCGGAGGAAUAAGAAGAUAGCGCCGUCUUCGCGUGGCACGGAGCCGGCUGGGCCCAACAUGGCUCUGCUCAAUUUCACGCCGGCUGCUCAGACGGAGGCGAGCGGCGCGGCCGGGGUCGCCGGCUUGAGCGGCGCCGACGCGGCAGCCCGGCCCAUUCAGCGCACGCUGCCUGCCAUUCUACGGCGCUCGCAGUCGGGUCUGCUGUACCUAGAGCAGCAACAGCAGCAGCAGCAGCAGCAGGUGCCUUCCUCGGCCGCCAUAAUUAACCCGGCGCUGGCGUUCGGGGCCCAGGCGGUUUCCGGAUUUACCAGCGCUGCCGUCUCGUCGGUUGCAGAACCAUCCAUUUCGUCGGCGGUCAGCACCGCGCUGACCAUGAACGUGAUGAGCCUCAUCCCAACGCAGCAGCAACAGCAGCAGCUCGGAGCCACGUCCGCUGCCUCCAUCUUCGGACCGCUGCUGGCGGCCGGCGGGGCCAGCAGCGCCUCGUCCAUCGUCGCUCCCUCAACCUCGUCGCCAACCUCCACAGCGCCCUCUUCGUCGUUAACUCCUUCGCUGCUGGGAGCUGACGCCCAGCCAGGCGGAAUCAGCGGCCUGCUGCUCAAGGCGAGCCAGCAAAGUCUCGGUCUGACCCAGCAGCAGCAGCAGCAGGCUCAGAGCCACAUGCAUCUGCAGUCGCAGCUUCACCACCAGCAACAGCAGGCGGUGCCGGUGUCUCUGGGCAGCUCCCUGCUGUCGCAGCUGUCACACGACUGCGCUUCGGCGCAGCAGUUUGGCGCGGCCUGCCCGCUGCAGCCGCCCCCGUCGCACGACGCCCUGAGGACCAUCAGCACGGUCGACGGGCGCGCCAUCGGGGUCAUGACCUCGCCGCUCGACCUCCCGCUGCCGCAGCCGCCGCACGCCCACGCUCAGGGUCACGCUCAGGGUCACCAGGCGGCCUUCUGCCGGGGCGGUGGCGGCGAGGCGACCCCGUCGCACGGUCACCACCGCUCUCGCGGCAAGCGGGCCGGCUCGCCGGCGCCGGGCAGUGCCGGCAAGAGGGCCCGCGGGGUCCUCGUGUGGACCGACGCCUUCGGGGUGCAGCACGGCAUGUUGGGGGCGGCGGCGGCGGCUCCGUCACCGGCCGUGGUGGUCUCUUCGUCGAUGUCUUCGUCGUCGUCGUCGUCAUCGUCGUCCUCGUCGGUGUCGUCGUCGUCUUCGUCGUCGCCGUCGGCUGGAGCCACGGCCGCGAUGGCGAGCGCCGCGUCGCUGUCGAGCGCCGAGCAGGCGGUGCCGCAGCCGAUGGCGCCCGACGCCCAGGUGGAGCUGUACGGGGACGUGGGCGGCGGCGCCGUCGGGGACGUGGAGGAGAUGGACGGGACCGGCGCGGUGCACGCCGCUCACGGCGACUGCGAGAGGUUCAUCGAUGCCGGCUGCGACGACGAUGAGGACGACGACGACGACGACUGCGAUGAGGACGCCGGCGACGUGGUGCACACGCUGGAGGCUGACGCUGAGGAAGAGGAAGAGGAGGUGGGGGGGGAGGAGGAGGGGGAGGAGGAGCAGCAGCAGCAGGAGGAGGAGCAGCAGCAGGAGCAGACGGUCGGCGAUGACGACGACGAUGGCGGCGGAGACGAUGGCGGCGAGGAGGUGGCGUUCUCGUCCCCGCUGCUGGUGCUGCGCGAGCGGGAGGAGCGCGAGGAGGAGACGUGCGGCCGCUGGGAGCGCCGCCGCAGCAAGCCGGGCCUCCUCUUCGAGAUCACGAGCGACGACGGAUUCAGCACCACGUCGCACUCCAUCGACGAAGCGUGGAAGGCCGUCACGGACCGGGUGCAGGAAGCGAGAGCCAACGCUCGCAUGAAGCAACUCUCCUUUGCAGGUGUGAGCGGCGUGUGCAUGCUCGGGUUGGCUCACCACGCCGUCAUCUACCUCAUCGAGCAGCUGGUGGGCGCUCACGCAUGCCGGGGAUACAAGUUCUGCUUCCACCAGCAGCACGAGGCGGCCGAGCUGCCGCUGAACCCGCACGGCUGCGCACGCGCCGAGGUUUACCAGCGGCAAUCGUCCUUCGACAUGUUCAACUUCCUGGCGUCGCAGCACCGAGCUCCUCCGCCAUACAACCCCCACGAGGAGGAGGAGGAUGAGAUCCAGCUCAAGUCGGCUCGUCGUGCCACCAGUAUGGAUCUGCCCAUGGCGAUGCGCUUCCGCCACCUGAAGAAGACAUCCAAGGAGGCCGUUGGCGUUUACCGCUCUGCCAUACACGGGCGGGGCCUGUUCUGCAAGCGCAACAUCGACGCCGGAGAGAUGGUCAUCGAGUACUCGGGCAUCGUCAUUCGCUCGGUGCUCACCGACAAGAGGGAGAAGUACUACGACAGCAAGGGCAUCGGCUGCUACAUGUUCCGCAUCGACGACUUCGAGGUGGUGGACGCGACGAUGCACGGCAACGCGGCGCGCUUCAUCAACCACUCGUGCGAGCCCAACUGCUACUCGCGGGUGAUCGGCGUGGACGGCGCCAAACACAUCGUGAUCUUCGCGAUGCGGCGGAUCGCGAGGGGCGAGGAGCUCACCUACGACUACAAGUUCCCCAUCGAGGACGCCGGCUCCAAGCUGCCGUGCAACUGCGGCGCCAAGAGAUGCCGCAAGUUCCUCAACUGAGAGCCGCUGAGCCGUACUUGCACCGACCCCCCCCCCCCCCCCCCAGCGCAUCCCCCCCCCCCCGUGUCCGGCACGAGAGGAGGGACGGACGCGCCUCGCGGAAAGGGAGGAGGAGAGAGCGGAAAGGGGGGAGCGGAGAGAGUCGCGGCGGCAUCGUCGGCUGCGGCGGCGCCUAUCGCCAGCGACGGUCCCGAGGAUCGGACGACCGGGUUGUGCGACCGCGACGACGGAGUUGGUCGGGGACUCGAUGGGAGAAGUGAAGUCUCCCGUUCGUGCGCCUCGGAGCUGAGGGGCGGUGGCGGCGGCGGCGAUGGACCCGCCGAGCUCGAACUGCCUUCAUGUCUUGCCGGUUUGAAGCACGGGGCCGAUUUAUUUUUUACCUGGGGUUCAACCGGUUGUUCCCCAUCUCUGGGAUCUUCGCCACCAGAGACUUGAGGUCGGUCGGGUCGGGUUGGUGGUAUGGUCGGCACGCACACCGAGAGACGGCACAACGUGCGCGAAGCUGGCCCGUGUUGGGUCGUGACCUCCGAGAACAUGGCGACGCCGUCGCGUGAAGAGGUCACGCGUCGCAUAUGACGUGGAAAGCAAAAGCUCGAUUUGAGUCGCGCUUUAACGAUGAUGAUUUUAAAACAACAACAACAACAAAGAAGAAGAAGAAAAAACACGGCGGCACGUUUAAGUAGCAUCCCGUCAAUGGAUUUUGGAAAUUGUGUGGAUAGUGUGUGCCCGGUCGUUGACAAAAUCAAACGUACUCGGACUGAAACAGUACUCGCUCCUGACUUGCCGGGGAAUGUGUCGUGGUAGGGUCGCAUACGUUGCGGACCGUGCCGUGCCGAGUUUUUUUUUAAUUGCAUAUAUAUUUGUAUUCGUUGCGUAGACCAUCGUCGAAAUUCGUUGCCCUUGAGUGACCAGCUGGCCAGAAGGCCCCCCACCGACUUGUCUGGUUUGCCAGCACGGUUUAAAGUAAAAUUCUGUUCCCUUUUGAGAGGAGAGCAUUUUGCCGCCAAAAUAUAUUUGCAAGAGCCCCCCAUGCAACUAUUUGCAGUGAGUAAAAAAAAAGUCCCCUUGCCAGCGGUUUCCGCGUGCUACCACCGCCACUGCCGUUCGUGUCCACGCGAAAUCACGUCCGUGUCGUGCUCUGCACGUUUGCCAGUGGGGGGGGCCGGUGGGGGUGGGGCGGUGGGGGUGCCCAGAGAGUGACCAUUCGAUUCCCACCACCACCCCCCCCCCCCCCCCCUCGAAUAAACCAAAGCGUGCCGUCUGCCCUACGGGGCUGACGUUAAAAGACUCGGCGACGUCGUCGUCGUCGUCACUCGCAACAGUCGAUUCGUUGCUUGUCGAUUGUCAAGAUCCCAAGUACUAAAUUUCAUAUAUAUACGCACAACUAAAUUGUGAUUUAAAAAAAUGUACUGUCCUUACGCGACUGCGGCACUCCGGGUCUCCAGUGCAAAAGAUCUAGACCGCGUUCUGAAUUGGCUUUCAACCCGUUAAAACGAAAGGGACUUUUGUUUUCUUCCAUCGUUCCCCAUAGAGCCGUGGCGAAAAAGCCAAGGAUGUGUAGCGUGGUUGGCAUGGGCCCUAGUGCAGGCAUUGAAGUGGGCUCACCUUGUCCAACUUCCCCCCCCCUCCCACUCCCUCCUCAUAGCCCGGUACCCGUGGCGCCCCCCUCCAUCCCGUGGGGACCCCAUUGCAAUUGCAGCGUUCGCGUGCGAGAGGUUAUAACUUCCCAUCCGGGCGAGGGGGUGGAUGGGGGUGCUGGCGAUGUAGAGGCAGCCUAUUGUUCCGCCGAGGUUGUAGAAAUGUAACGCCGCUUCUAUGACAUUGAAAAGUAGCCCUUUUUUUGGGGGGGGAGAUUGAUCACUGCCACAAGGUUACAAAACGUCCACCAGUGGCUCGGGCUCCACCGAUUGGGGGUGAACCCUUCUUAAGAGUUCAGGAGCGGUUGUACGGCGCAGAUCUGUCGCCCGCGUUUUACCCGGGGGGAACGCUGCGAGCUCUGUAAGGGGGAGGGACCGGUGUUUUUUCAGGCCACGGAGCAAACGAUGAUGCCACGAUAAGUGAUUAUUAUUAUUAUUGUUCGCGUCACCGGGCACCACAACCGUUCCGUGGCGUGCGUGAAACAUCAUACGCCCGUGCAUUCUUACGUUGAGCCGAGCGAGCGCGAUAAGGGAAGUCGCCCAAGGGAGCUGUGGAGCAGUGAGAGAGAAAGAUUCGGCACGAGUUUGCGCGCGUGUUUGUGAUGUGCCUGUUUUGCACCAGGACGUACGUAACAGGUGGGGGUGCGUGCGAGCAUCGAAGGCAGGGCGGGACACGCAUUGUAAUGUAGAUGCUUGCCACAUGCGCUUACUACACAUGCUUGCACACUGACGCAUACGUACAUGUACAGGUCUGCAUACGUUCACGUGUACAUCCCACAACAUGAUAAUAAUGCCCAUAUUCACACGCAUCCAGAUGUACAUUCACGUGAAUACUAAAAACCAUGUAUGUAUGUAUGCAGACUGAUAGACACACACGCACAUGUCUGCAUAAUGUAUGCAUACCACCUAAUAUUGAUGCCCACAUAUUAACGUACAGAGAUGUAUAAUAGAUAACACAUAUACGUGCCACCUAACACUUUUAUACUGUUUGUUUAUACGUAGAUUUAUGUGUAAACAUACUGCACAAUAUUGAUGCUAUCCACUUAUAUAAAUACGUGUGUACAUACCACCAAAAUUUGAUUCAAACAUACCCAAGUACGUAAGUACAUACGCAAGUAAAUACAUGCACGUAGAAUACACGUGUGCGUACAAUUUAAUACAGUAUACACAUAUAUGAAAGUCCGAUUCUAUCCAGGUGUACAUCAACUUGUGUACAAACCCAUAUGUACACAAGUCUGCGUACACAUAUGCGCCCUAACACCCGUGUACACAUACUAAGGUUGCCGCGAUAUGGCGACACCACCGCAUGUCAUACGAUCCACUAUUAUCGUUUCGGUCAUUUGGCAAGAUGUUGUCAUAACGUGAUAACCGUUGCUCGGAAAAAUAAUUUUCUUAAAUAUUUCAAUUCCUGACAAAAUAUUAAACGCGACAACGAUUCGGUGAAGUUCAUAAUGAUGAUUUAAGUUCUAAAGGAAAGCAACCGUCCCCCGUUAAAAGUUAUUUGUAGAAAGAAAAUAAUAGGUAGCUAUUGAGGGCACGCAUCCCGAUUGUGUAACGUUGCCAUUUUUCUGACAGCGUGUGUGAUUGUUGUUAAGGGCGUCACGGUGGCUAGGAGAUGUUAUCACCCUCGCCUGGUGUACAGGAGGUCGUGGUGUUCCAUCCCGACCCUGACGCCUGCUGUAUAUUUGGAGAUUCCGUGUUCUCCAGGAUUUUGCUCCAGGUCCUCCGGUUUUUUCCCUCCACAUUGAGAAUCAACGUUUACCCAUUUAGAGUAUUUGGCUGCAUAUAAAUGUCCACGUGAUGACAAGCCACUUAGUUGAGCUGUCAUUUGUGGCCAGGUCGCUUCUGAAAAAAAAGAGCUGUAUAGCUCAGUGGGCCUUAGCGGGUAAAAUAAAAAUAAAAAAAUUCGUUGAGUUAUAUAUUGUAGUUGGUUAUAAUACGUAGCAGGAGUGAACUGCAGAUGAUUAACCUUUCAGCCAUCCUUCAAAAACAAUAAGACCCCAAAAAUUUGUACACAAUUACGUUAUGGAGAAACCGAGCUUUGCGGUAAAAUAAAUCGUAAACAUUUGGUGUGGAAUUCGUUUGUGAAAAUUAACGAUAUUACAGCAGGCCUUCCUAACUCAUACCCACAUAACAGAGACAAAGGCAUCCCCGCUCCCCCGUAACAGCACUUGCCCCAACAUACCCACAGCUACCCAUAAAUACAGGAAUGCAUAUGUACAUCCAGAUACCAAUUGGACUACUUAUGCACUCGCCCACGUACGAUAUGUUAUAGAAGCUUAUGUACACGCACACUUUACCUGCGCAAAAAUGACCACAUGGCCAUACGCAUGCAUACUUAUGCAUUUAGUUAACGGGCAUCAAUACACGUAUGAUUUGCAUGCUUUGCAUACAAUAAACAUAUGCACACACGUGUAAAAUGUAAAUACACUUGCAUGUUCAGUUUUAAACACGUUGCACUCGUGCGUAUGCAUACAUGUACACGUAUACAUACACACGUAUACAUACACACGUAUACAUACACAUGCAAAACACACGUGGCAGGUGGCAGGUUUCCUGGAUAUGGCGUGAAUUGAGAAAAUUAAUACCCAGCUGUUACAAUAGAGCGAGAGAGAGAAAGUGGGGGGGGGGGGGGGUGCAUGGGGGGGGUGGUUAGGAGGGGGGCAGGAGCCCCCCCCCCCUCGAUUUUGCUGCAAAUUAAAAAUAAAAAAAUUUACGUAUAUAGCAAACUCAACCAAACCUUACUUUCGUACAUGAAGGCAUUUAUAAGAUUUACAUUUUAUAUUAACGGUUUCGCUAAUUUCGUUUUUAAAAAAAAAUUCGUGGGGUAAAAUUCCCCGUUAUUUAACUGUUGCCUUAUGCUGUUGUGAAUGCGCAUAUGGGGUUGCGUUUGUGCGUGCGUGCGCGUGCGUGCGUGUGCGCGGGGAGCGGUGGUGCGGCGGUUCGCGCAUUGCGCUGCUAUCCCAGCGGCGACCCCCUGGGUUCGAUUCGCAACCGUGUGGACAACGUAAUUGGCAAAGCGGUUUAACCUGAACCUGUUCUGGGCCUUCCCUCGGACGACUCGGCCUUAAGUGAGUACCCGGUGUGGUGUGUAGAACAUCAGCACUGGGGGAGACAAAGGCGGCCAGGUGUGGUCCGGGCCACACCAGCCUUAAUAAGUGCUCUCGCCCACAGCUCUUCACCCAACAGUCUGUAAGGCUAACUUGGGGGAUCUUUGUCUUGGCGUGUGUGUAUGUUUUCUUCUGUGUGUGCGUGCGUGCGUGCGUUGGGAGUUUUACCAUUUCGGGAUUUUUUGUUGUUGUUGUCGAUGAACACUUAGGAAAUGUUAACAAACUGCAGUGAAAUUAUGAAAAACGGGUUUUUCUCUCCCAUCAUCCAAAACAAAACUUGCAGCAAAAUCAUGGGACAAGCGAUAACUUUGAACGUCACUCGUCGUUUCUGCGUUUGUCCAUUGUCGUCGUCGUCGUCGUCAUCGUCCGUGUACUAAGUUGGUCGCUGGGGUUUUUAUUUUUUAGCGACAUUUUAAUAACCGUAGAUGUGUAUUUAAAAUUAAAGUAAUGACAAAAAAAUACAGCGAUCACUAAAGGCGGACGGGUAAGUUCUUUUUAAAAAAAAAAUAGUCAAAUGGAAAAAAAAAUGGAAAACAAAAAAAUACCCAUACUUUUUAGAACUAGUCGCCUAAACCUAUAGGGAUCGUUCGUGAAUGUAUAAUUGUGUUCUCGCUUGAGGCUGUGUUUUUACAGUACUGUCAUGUUGAAACAGAAAAGCACUAACAAGGAUACCAGUAUUUGUGGUCCUAUCUUUUGUAAAAAAAAAAACUUUUUUGUCGAGUCGGUCUAUCUUGUGCUUUAUAUUAUUAUGCAGUAUUAUUAUUCGUAUAAACUUGGAGAGCCCUAUAAA